CAGUAAAUGCUAAUACGAAUAAAUUAAACAAUAUUACGCAAUUAACAUCAUCAAAAAUUCUUUAGUUCUGAUAAUCUUUGAAAUUUUAACUGUUUAAAUUUUUUCAAAGCUUUACAAUCAUCAGUAUGAGUGGCGAACCUCAAGCAAAGCGAACGAAAAUGAGUGCCUUGGAACAAUUAAAACAAUUUUCGACGGUGGUGGCGGAUACUGGGGAUUUUGAAGCUAUGAAAGCAUAUAAACCAACGGAUGCCACAACUAAUCCAAGCUUAAUUUUGUCUGCUGCUGCAAUGGAACAAUAUCAGCAUCUGUUAGAUAAAGCUAUUAAAUAUGGCAAGGAUUGUGGAGGAUCUAUCGAAGAACAAUUGGUAGAGACAUUAGAUAUGCUCAGUGUGCUAUUUGGAUGUGAAAUACUUAAGAUUAUUCCUGGAAGAGUUUCUGUUGAAGUUGAUGCAAGAUUAUCAUUUGAUAAAGAUGCCAGUAUGGCUAAAGCUAUAAAGUUGAUUGCAAUGUUUGCCGAGCAUGGCAUUAAGAAGGAAAGAAUUCUUAUCAAGUUAGCAUCUACUUGGGAGGGAAUUCAAGCUGCAAAGGAGUUGGAAAAGAAACACGGAAUUCACUGCAAUCUGACACUGCUGUUCUCUAUCUAUCAAGCUAUUGCGUGUGCAGAAGCUAAUGUUACUCUCAUUUCUCCAUUUGUCGGAAGGAUUCUGGAUUGGUAUGUUGAACAUACAAAGAAAACUUAUGAGGCGACAGAAGACCCUGGUGUACUCUCAGUCACUCGUGUAUUCAAUUAUUACAAGAAGUUUGGAUACAAGACUCAAGUGAUGGGCGCGUCGUUCCGCAACACUGGUGAGAUACGCGAGUUGGCAGGUUGUGAUCUUUUGACGAUCAGCCCUAAGCUCUUGCAAGAAUUGGCUAACAGCGAACAGCCAAUCAAAAAGGUACUAGACGCAAAAGUGGCUGCACAAAGCGAUUUGGAGAAAAUUACCCUGUCUGAGGCCCAAUUCCGUUGGCACCUCAACGAAGAUCAGAUGGCCACUGACAAACUUUCCGAUGGUAUUCGGAAGUUUGCUGCGGACACAAGAAAACUUGAAACUCUCAUCAAGGGAAUGCUUGCCACCAAGUAACCGAGUGUAUGAAAUAAACGAAACUCAAUGUGCUUAUGUUUGAUACUGUUGCAAAUGUUAUCCAGUAAUAAUCCAGUGAUUAUUAUUGUUGAUUUUUUUAAAGGUGCAUUUUUAUAAUGUUGUAUUUGUACUGAUAUAUUUAUAUAUAUUCAUACUCCGUUGACUAUGUUUUUAGGAAUAAGU